UUCUGCCCCCAUGCACUAUAAGCAAAUUCGUAGUAGAGAGAAGCAUUUUAAAUGUGAUGAAUGUGAGAGAGCCUUCACUCAUAUGGCAGCUUUUAUACAGCAUCAGAGUGUUCACACUGGAGAGAAACCUUAUGAGUGUAAUGAAUGUAGUAAGGCCUUUAGUCGACGUUCAGUCCUUAUUCGACACCAGAGAACUCAUACUGGAGAGAAACCAUUUGAAUGUAGUGAAUGUGGAAAAACCUUUAGUAGAAGCUCAGGUUUUAUGUACCAUCAGAGAAUACAUGCUGGUGAGAAACCCUAUAAAUGUAAUGAAUGUGGGAGAGCCUUCAGUAGCAACUCACUUCUUACUGAACAUUGCAGGAUUCAUACUAGUGAGAAAGCUUUUAAAUGUAAUGAAUGUUGGAAAGGCUUCAGUUACAUCAAAGGUUAUAGUCAGCAUCAGAUAAUUCAUAGUGGAGAGAAACCAUUUGACUGUAGUGAAUGUGGAAAAGCCUUUAGUCGCCAUUCAUUCCUUAUUCGACAUCUGAGAGUCCAUACUGGCGAGAAACCAUUUGAAUGUAAUGAAUGUGGUAAAGCCUUCAGCAGAAGGUCAGUCCUUCAUGAACAUCAAAGAAUUCAUACUGGGGAGAAGCCAUAUGAAUGUAAUGAGCGUGGGCAAGCCUUCAGUCAGAGCUCUACCCUUAUCCAACACCAGAGAAUUCACACUGGAGAGAAACCUUAUGCAGGUAAUGAAUGUGGGGAAGCUUUCAAUACCAGAUCAGGCCUUAGUGAACAUCAGAGAAUUCAUACUAUAGAGAAGCCUAACGAAUGUGAUAAGUGUGGGAAAACCUUUGAUAGGAGAUCAAAACUUACUCAACAUCAGAGAAUUCAUGCUGGAGAGGAGUCAUGUGAAUGUAACAUAUGUAGGAGAGUCUUUACUUGCCAUUCACUUCUCAGUCAACACCAGUAUAAUUGCACUCAAGUUAAUUUGGAAAUGUGAUGGAAAUGUAAAGGAGAACUUUGUUGAUUGGAGUUCAUAAUAGGUUAAAAUCCCAUAACAGAAUGUAAAUUUUUUAAUGGCAGUUGCUAAUUUUUAUUCUAAUUUAGUUUGUACAGCAAUCUAGCCCAGUGCCAAAUGCAGAGUGAUAAUAAAAUAUGUUUUUGGUGAUGGAAUUAUUAGACUGAUAAUUAUA